AUGUCCGAACAAGCACCGAAGCCAAACUCAAUGGAAGAUGUCCUUUCAAGGUUGCCAGACAAGCGCCCAGUUCAACUUCAAAUUAUGAAUUUGAAAGCUCAUCUGACAAACACCAUUAAGACUCUCCAAAGUAGUCUUAUGACAGAGAUGAAGGAACUUAAAGGUGAGUUCCUCAUGAACCAAGCUUCCAAUGAGAAAGUCCUGAACGAUUUCUCAGAAUCGUUGCGCAAUUACGAGAGAGAGAACCGAGAUCUUGCCAGACUCAUCUACCGUUUCUUCGAAGAGAUAGACGCCAUCUGGAAGGUACUCGGAAAGGACAGAACAUGCAACACCGUACUUCGUGAGUACCAAAUUGAAGAAGGAAUUGUCGAGGAAGAAGAGGAAGAAGAGGAAGAAGAGAAACACAAAGAAGAGGAAGUCUGGGCAACCCUUGUUGCCGAUGACGCUUACGAAAUUUCCCAACCCUACCCAUACCAAAUCCGCAACAAGGAGACAGGCAAG